AUGCUUGGUACCACGAGGUGUAGACGCCUUCCUCUGUUGCUGCAUUUACAGCAGCGUAUGAGGUUAAAUACGCUUUCUAUCCGUGAUGAUCGAUUAAAUCUAUGGAAGAAGGAGAUGGAUCGUCAAAAGGAGGCACGGAAUCAGGCAAUAGACCAAGCGCUGACAUGCGCAGAGCCACUGGAACUAACAGUGCAAUAUCCAGGGAAGACAUCGCCUGGCGUCUUUACCUUUCGAGGUGUAGCAGGUGCAUCCACGUCAAUUGAUAUAUUGAAAAAAAUGCAUGAGAUAGGAUUGCCAAAGUUUCAAGCGUUGGCUGUCAAGAGUGAAGACAAAUUACUUGACCUGUGUAUGCCGCUGGAACGCUCUGGUUCGCUGCAAUUGCUUGAUUUUUCAAGUGAAGAAGGUCAAAGCGUGUUCUGGCACUCGUCGGCGCACGUUUUAGGACAGGCUUUGGAAGACAAAUAUCAGGACAACAUUCGACUGACGGACGGCCCGACGUUGAGUGAGGGAGGCUUUUUCUACGAGAUGUUUCUACAAGACGGACUGACAGUAUCCGAGACAGACUUUGACGAGCUUGCGCGCAAUAUCAAGACGAUUGUCAAGGCCAGACAGCCGUUUGAACGACUGCAGGUGACGCGCGAGUUUGCACAUGAGCUGUUUGCCUACUCAGACUUCAAAAGGGUUAUGCUGAAUAAGAUUGUCGAGGGAGAGACGAUUUCUCUUUACCGCUGCGGCCCGUUUAUUGAUUUGUGCCGUGGUCCCCACGUCGCUCACACUGGUAUGCUGUCAUCUUUCGCGAUCACGCGAUGUGGUGCAUCACACUGGGAAGGAAAAGAGUUGUUGCAGCGCGUGUAUGCUGUGUCGUUCCCAAAUCAUACGCUACUUAAGGAGUGGCGCCAUUUGCAAGAAGAAGCAAACAAGCGUGAUCAUCGCCUCAUCGGUCGUGCCCAACAGCUCUUUAUGUUUCACCCGCUAAGUCCAGGAUCGCCAUUUCUCCUGCCUCAUGGCACUCGAGUAUUUAACACGCUUGCCGAGUUUAUUCGUGGGGAGUAUCGCCGUCGUGGAUAUGGCGAAGUAAUCACACCCUUAAUUUUCAAGAAAGAGCUAUGGGAAACGUCGGGUCAUCUCAAGAACUAUCAAGAUGAUAUGUAUAUGGUUUCGCAAGGCAUUGUCACAGAUAUUGACAAAAAGAAGUACUCAUACCGAGAUUUACCUGUUCGCCUUGCCGACUUCUCUGCGCUUCACCGUAACGAGGCUUCUGGUGCACUUACGGGACUCACUCGCGUUCGCCGAUUUCACCAGGACGAUGCACACAUUUUCUGCACAGCAGCUCAGGUACAGUCGGAGAUCUCUCAAGCUCUCGAUUUCGUCAGGCACGUGUAUGGCAUUUUCGAUUUUAAGCUCAACCUGCGUCUCUCGACGCGUCCAACGAAGUACAUGGGCGAUCUCGAGCUCUGGGAUGACGCAGAAGAUCAGUUGCGUUUAGCUUUGGACGACUUUGGUCAACCGUGGAGUGUCAACGAAGGCGAUGGUGCAUUUUACGGCCCAAAGAUUGACAUUGUAGUGACGGAUGCUUUGAAGCGUCAGCACCAGUGCGGUACGAUCCAGCUGGAUUUCCAGCUGCCUAUAAAUUUUAAGCUCGCGUACAACGGUGCUGAUGGCGAGGUUCAUACUCCCAUUCUUAUUCACCGUGCCGUGCUAGGGUCAAUUGAGCGGAUGAUGGCAAUUCUGAUCGAGCACACUGGUGGCAAGUGGCCGCUGUGGCUCAGUCCUAGGCAGAUGGCUGUGUUACCAAUUGCCGAAGUUCAUCGUGAGUAUGCUCGUGAGGUGGCAAGCAAGUUGCAGACGGCCACUCCACGUGGCUUGUUCGUAGAUGUACAAGACGGCAGCAAGACGCUUAACAAGCGUGUGCGUGAAGCGCAGGUUGCAGGCUACAAUUACAUUCUCGUUGUCGGCGACAAGGAGCAAGCUGCACAGGAGGUUAAUAUUCGCACGUGCGACAAUCAAGUACACGGUGCUAAGCCCCUCGCAAUGUUUAUCGAUGAUAUUAAGGCCGCUAUCGAUCGCCUGGAGUAG